AUGCGGCAGGGUCGGGGCGCGGGGCUGGCGGCGCUGGCCGCGGUGCUGCUCGCGGCUGCGGGCAGAGCCCAGGUGCAGCAGGACCCAUUCCUGGAGACCACCGAAGGCACGAGUAUCAGAAUCAGCUGCUCACACCCCAAUAUACGGACUGGCGAUUUCAUCCAUUUCUACCGUCAGCUCCCGGGCCAAAGACCCCAGCUCCUGGCGGUCACUGCUAAAGCGCCCAAGGAAGUGCGAAACCCAGAAGGGCGUUUGUGGGUAUCGGCAGAUCGGCGUUCGAGCGCGCUGUGGCUCGGGCGGCCCCGGCGCGGGGACGCGGCCGUGUAUUACUGCGCGCUGGGGCCACGGGCAGAGGAGCCGGGGCUGCGGCCGGGCACGAACCGCCGCGGGCGGGGCCGGGCGGGGCCGGCAGGGGCCGCUCCUCUCCCGGCUGACGCUGCUGCGCGGCACCGGCACCGAGCCGCGCCUGGAACCACAGAAAUUACACAAUAUCUGCGAGGGAAUACAAUAAAUCUCCUAGAACUGACGAGCGUUUCAAAGGAUCAGAAAGGUCUGUCACACCUACCUUUCACCUUAAACUGCUUGGUCCCCUUUCCUGCACGAUAG